CCGCUGUCGGGCGUACGAGCCAGUGAGGAGCUGGGUCCUCAGACGAGGCGUCGGCCAAAGCCGGUGGUUGCCCGGGCCGCGAGGCCGGAAAACGAGGAGGGCGGGGCCGGCUGUGGGACCGCGGCGACGACACACCGAGCGAGCUCCUGGGCCUGAGGGGAGCGAUGCUGUGGUUCCAGGGCGCCAUUCCGGCGGCCAUCGCGUCUGCUAAGAGGAGCGGCGCUGUCUUCGUGGUGUUCGUGGCAGGUGAUGAUGAGCAGUCUACACAGAUGGCUGCAAGCUGGGAAGAUGAGAAAGUGACAGAAGCUUCUUCAAACAAUUUUGUGGCUAUUAAAAUUGAUACCAAAAGUGAAGCCUGUCUGCAGUUUUCACAAAUUUAUCCUGUAGUGUGUAUUCCAUCUAGUUUCUUUAUAGGAGACAACGGAAUCCCUUUGGAAGUCAUAGCAGGGAGUGUUUCUGCAGAUGAACUUGUUACAAGAAUUCACAAAGUCCAACAAAUGCACUCAUCAAAAGGUGAAACAGUGACAAAUGACAACCAGUCAGAAAGUUCAGUAUCUACUCCAUCUGCCUCAUUUGAACCUAAUGACAUAUGUGAAAAUACUGAGUCCAGGAAUCCAGAGCUUUGUGAGACACCUGCUGCUGCUGACACAAAGUCGGAUACUGCAACAGGAGGAGAAUGCUCAAGUCAUGACAACCCCUCCCAGGAACCUCAUGGAUGUUCAAACCAGAGACCAGCAGAGGACCUCACUGUAAGAGUAGAAAGAUUAACAAAGAAACUUGAAGAAAGGAGAGAAGAGAAAAGGAAGGAAGAAGAACAGAGAGAGAUUAAGAAGGAAAUUGAAAGGAGAAAAACUGGAAAGGAAAUGUUGGAUUAUAAAAGGAAACAAGAAGAGGAAUUAACAAAAAGAAUGUUAGAAGAAAGAAGCAGAGAAAAGGCAGAAGACAGAGCGGCUCGAGAGCGCAUCAAGCAGCAGAUAGCAUUGGAUCGUGCAGAGAGAGCUGCUCGUUUUGCAAAGACAAAGGAAGUAGAGGCCGCCAAAGCUGCUGCGUUGCUGGCCAGACAGGCAGAAGCAGAAGUCAGAAGGGAGUCUUCUGCUCGAGACAGAAGCACCGUUGCAAGAAUUCAGUUCCGGCUGCCUGAUGGCUCUUCCUUUACAAAUCAGUUUCCUUCCGAUGCUCUGUUAGAAGAAGCAAGGCAGUUUGCUGCACAGACUGUUGGCAACACCUAUGGUAAUUUUUCACUAGCAACCAUGUUUCCCAGGAGGGAGUUCACCAGAGAAGACUAUAAGAGGAAGCUACUGGAUCUAGAGCUCGCCCCCAGUGCCUCCGUGGUGCUUCUGCCAGCAGGACGGCCAACCACAUCCAUUGUCCAUCCUUCCAGUGGAGACAUCUGGACAUUACUGGGGACGGUGCUCUAUCCAUUCCUGGCCAUAUGGAGACUAAUUAGCAAUUUUUUAUUUAGUAAUCCUCCUCCUGCACAGACUUCAGUAAGAGCCACAUCUUCAGAGCCUUCAAACCCUGCAUCAUCCAACAAGUCAGAGAAAAGGGAACCAGUCCGAAAAAGAGUGCUGGAAAAACGAGGGGAGGACUUUAAAAAGGAAGGGAAAAUAUACAGACUGAGGACUCAGGAUGAUGGCGAAGACGAGAACAACACUUGGAAUGGAAACUCUACGCAGCAGAUGUAGUAUAGUGAGCACAGUGUGUACAGUCAUCACUGUUUCCCUUAGGGUUCCACUCCGCUAGACUUCUGCUGGAGAAGUGGGUCUGCUUAUGUUUUCAGAACAUGUAUACAGUCUUUAUUUCUGCUUAGAGGUUAUGAGUUAAAGUUGUUUAACCUGAAAAGUCAAACAUGAAACAGCUGGAUGCUGGGUCCUUGAAUAGGGUAACCAGCUGCUCGCCCAGCCACCUACCAGUUCCUACGCAAACUUUACAGCUCUCUAGCCUGAUGUUUCAUUUAGACUACUUUUUGCUGCAAGACUUUUAAGCCACACAACGUAAUUGGUAUGUCACUGGGUAAUCUGACCCUAGAGCACUUCAACUAGCUAAUCAGGUGAUAACCGAUGUUUAGCAUUUCUCUUUGCACUCAGCAGCUGCAAACAAAAUCUUGUAGUUUUUGAUCUUACUUAAACCUUGAAUAAAAAAAGUUUUCCAAAAAUGAGAAUAAUCUUAUUUUUGCUGUAAGCAUCUUUCUGUUGUACAGGGCUGUAUCAAGGUCACUUUGUCUGACUUUUCUCCUCCCAGUGCUGCCCUGAAGAUGUCAGCAAAAUAACUGACUCCCUUCCCUUAAAAAAGAAAAAUCUAGGGAUUCUAGAUCUUAAGGGACACCAGGUUUCAAGUGUUCUAGGUCAUUGCAUUUGUUUGCUUUCUAAUCUGUUCUAGUCGAUGCGGAACAGUUGAGAAUGACUAGUCUGCAGCUUAGUUUACACACUCACAUUGGUACUAGUUGCACAUUCAGCAAUCACUUCUAGGACCCAGGUGUGGGAUUAGGGUAGAGUGCAAAGACACCCCUUCCUACACUGUGGUUAUUCCUAAGAGUUUGGAAGACAUUCUCUAACUUACUGCUUCUUCCACUAAAAGUCGUGAGGUUUGAAACAUGGGGUAUGUAUAACCAUUCCUCUGUUCUUAGAGUGCCUGUGUGUCAGGGAACCCUGACUUGGACUUGUGAUAGGAGGAGGAACUAUCUUCCCUGUGGGAUAAUAGGCUUGUGAGAUGAUAGUACUGGCAGGAAACAGAGGAGCUGCUGAGCUGCUGGGGUACAGAACCUUUCUGAAAACAUGCCCAGAGCUUUAAAUAUUUCCCUACUUUGACACAAUAACUUUUUCUAAGUAGUGAUCAUCAUUGCAAAAGUUUAGUUAUGUAUAGAGCUAAUUAGUAGCUAACUUCAAAACUGAAAACAACUAAACACCCUCUGUGGACAUAAUUUCUGUUGAGAAACGGUACAUACUAAUGCAACACUUGGCAUGUUUACUGAAUGCCUGCUGUGUGUUAGUGAAAAGAAGGUAGGAGACAUAGCAUAGGCAUAGGAUGAGUCCAGCUUUGUAAGUUUUGUAUGUAGAGGACAGUGUGUUAACAUAUAUGUAAAGAAAAAGAAGACAUUGUUAAUGGAUGGCUAUAUGUCCUAGUUCUCCUGUACUCUUAAAUUUUUCCAGUCUUCUGCAUUGAUCAUAGUUUUGCCAGGUAUAGUGGCUCACACUUAAAAUCUCAGCACUUAGGAGUCAGAGGCAGACUGAGUUCAAGGCCUAGCCUGGUCUACAUAGCAAGUUCAAGCCAGCCAGGGCUACAAGGUAAAACCUUGUCUCAAAACAACAACAAAAAUGUGAGCUUUUAAAUUUUUCUAGCAACCAUCUCAUUUAAAAUCCAGUCUUCUAAAAAUGCAGCAAGCUGGGUGUGUCAUCUCAUGUCUGUAGUCUGAGUACUUGGGAGGAGGAGGCAGGAGUAUCAAAAGUUCAAGAUUAUCCUCAGGUACAGGUUCAAGUCCAGCCUAGGCUGAAUAAGAUAGCAAUAGUAAGGCAAUAUAUGAUUUUAAAAAAAAAAAUACUUUCAAGUGGGUAUGAAUCCUGGAAAAACAUUAAGUACCUCAAGUUUGUCUUGCAGAAAAUCAAAUACAAAUCUUCAAAUGUAUAUAAUUCAUGUUUCAGUAAGAGGAUUCCUUCUUAACUUUAGCUCUUACAAAAGUACACAUGGUUGAAAAAGCUCCAAAAUAUAAGAAAAUGGUGUCUCUGUCCUGGCAUCUACCAUUCCCCAAGAUAACCUCUAUUAAUAAUUUCUAAUGUAAUUUUCAGAAAAAUUUUAUGCAUAUAAGCAAAUAUGUAAUCUUUAUUUUUAAAUAAAUGGGAUCAUAUUGUAUGUAC